AGUACCUUAGUCAGAGCACAUAAUCUAGCUAGAGCCCCGAAGGUUAUCACUUCUGACGACCAGUAGUGUUAUGACAGAAAAAUUCAAUAAAACUAUGUGGGUGCUUUGUAUAUCGUUUUAACAGAUAAUAAGCGUUCCAUAUAAAACGAUGAGUGAAUAGUUCGCCCUUAUUUUGUGAAAAAUAAACGAAGCAAGAACAAUGUUUAGUUUGAGUAUAGUACCAGUUUUUGCAUUGGUUUUGUUAAAUCCAGUAUCACCUUUUGAUUUUGGCUUCCCAAAUGUCCCAACAGUAGAAGAUCUUCUGUACGGACCCGAACCUUUCAACAAUCGGAUCGUUGGAGGCCAGAAUACUACCAUAGAAAAGCACCCCCACCAAGUAUCGUUUGUUGUGAACAACUCCUUCUUUUGUGGAGGGUUCAUUGUGAGUGAGAAUUAUAUCGUGACUGCAGCCCAUUGUGCUCAAAAUGUCGACCCAUCGACAGUCGUCCUUAGAGCUGGGAGUACUUGGAGAAAAAAUGGCACAAUUAUACCCAUUGUUGAAGUGAUUGCUCAUCCGGAGUAUGACAACCCAGCUUUCGACAAGGACGUAGCGGUGAUGAAGACGGCAGAACCAAUCACUUUCACUGACACCAUAAAACCGAUUGCAUUACCGAAAAAAGGAGAGUAUUUGAAAGAAAAUUCCAUGAUCAUGGUCAGCGGAUGGGGGAAAACUAAUCAAGCAGACAACACAAUACCAGAGAAUCUAAUGGACGUGGAGAUCCCUGUGGUGCCGUACUGGCAGUGCCUUGCGGUAUACUUCACGGUGCUCACGAGGAACAUGUGGUGUGGAGGCAACUUCUAUCUUGGUGGCAAGGGAACGUGUCAGGGUGACUCUGGUGGUACGGCUGUCCAGAACGAUCAAGCAGUGGGUAUCGUUUCUUUUGGCCGUGGUUGUGGCCAGCGGUUCUCACCGAGCGUCUUCGCCGAUAUUGCCGCGCCCCCUAUAAGGGACUUUAUCACUAAACAUACGGGAUUGUAAGAAUCGUAAUUAGAAAUGGCAAGGCUUAUGGAAAAGUUUACUAAGUACAUAGUUAAGUUUAUUUAUUCUUGUUUUAAGUCUAAGAAUAUUUAUUUAUCAUAAAUGAAUUU